GGAUUUACUUUUCUUCUAAUUUUCGUCAAAGUUGCUUGUUUUCGAAUCUUCCUCACUCUUGUGCGCCGCUGCGUUUCCAGUGAGCACUUGAGCUUUUCACUUGCAUUUCUCGUAGAUCCCAUGGUGGCUCUCGCUCUCGCUCUCUCUGAGCGAGUUUGAGGGCUUUGUGAGCGAAAAUGAAGGUCCUUUGUAGCCAUUGCUAUUGUGUAUGUCUUCAUUGAUGAACUUGUGAAAGAGGCUUCGGCUUGGAGGGGCUGCAGCAUUGAGAUCCAGUGUGUAGAUUUCUGAUUUUUGUUUGAAAUGGAGGUUUCUUCUGGAAAGCAAGGUGUAGAUCUUGUGGAGAAAUGCCAGAAUUUAGUUUCAUCUAUGGAGUCACCUGUUGCUUCAGCUGAAAAUGUGAAGAAAGCAAUGAGAUCGUCAAAACCCAUUGGAGUUGAACCAGUAGCUAAACGUUCAGGAGCCACUUCAUCACUUAGAAAGAGCUCGGACAGCCUCAAAACUACUGAUUCUCGUGCUACUAGACCUGGAUCUACUCUUACCAAGCCGACCGUCAGCUCAAUAAAUGCGCAGAGAAGGAACAGCACUGGUUCUGCUUUGGAGAAGAAGCCGGCAAUUGCCUCUAAACAAUUUGACAAUGGGAGUUCAACUGAUGAAAGGAAGGUCUCUCGUUCCAAUUCAGACCUGAGCAGGAAAAGUAUUGCUGAAACUAGGCGGGCAUCACUGCCUUCUGUCAGUUCUAAAACCAAAGUUUCAGAUACCCACCCUGAGAACAAGAAGUCAUCUCCUGUCCCACGUCUAUUGCAGAUGUCUGAGAGUGGAAAAUUGGAUUCUGUAAAGAAGCCCUCUGUCAGACCAUCUCUAUUAGGUUCUACUUCAAAGAAGGCCCCUUCAUCUCCAUUGGAUAAUUCGACUGGUCGCAGCAGUAGCCUCAAAAGGGUUACUUCAAAUAUUUCUUCCCCAUCAACAAGAUCUCCAAGGACCAUCAGCAGCUUGAAAUCAGGGUCCAUGUCAUCAUCCAUGGAUAGGGGUUCUUCAUUAUCAGGCAGAAGGAAGUCCUCAACACCAGACGGUCGGGAUUCUCGCUUUAUGAUGCUACCACAGGUGGAUAUCAAAGCUAGUGAUGAACUGAGGUUGGAUCGAAGAGGGCACAAAGUACGAACACUCACAGCCUUGAACUUGUCUUCCAAUUUAGAGUUUGUUUAUCUCAGGGACAAUCUGCUUUCAUCUAUUGAGGGAAUUGAACUUUUGAAGCGAGUGAAGGUUCUUGAUUUGAGCUUUAAUGAUUUCAAGGGGCCUGGUUUUGAGCCUCUAGAGAAUUGCAAAGCCCUCCAGCAAUUAUAUCUUGCUGGUAAUCAAAUCACAUCACUGGCGAGCCUUCCUCAGCUACCUAAUUUGGAGUUUCUUUCUAUUGCUCAGAACAAGUUGAAGUCACUCUCGAUGGCUAGUCAACCUCGUCUGCAGGUAUUAGCUGCUAGCAAAAACAAAAUAUCUACUCUAAAGGGUUUCCCGCAUUUACCUGUCCUUGAGCAUCUACGAGUGGAGGAGAACGCUAUACUGGAGAUGUCUCACCUUGAAGCUGCUUCCAUAUUGCUUGUGGGACCAACUCUUAAGAAAUUUAAUGAUCGAGAUCUUUCUCCCAAGGAAGUAGAAAUUGCGAAGUUGUAUCCUCCUCACACUGCUUUGUGCAUCAGAAAUGGAUGGGAGUUUACUCAACCAGAACUUGCUGCAGAUUCCACUUUUUGCUUCCUAGCUGAACAGUGGAAGGAUCAAUUUCCUCCAGGCUACAUGCUCCAAGAAGCAUCCAUUGAUCAGCCAUUUGAAGAAGAUGCUUGCCACUGCCAUUUUAGUUUUGUCAACUCAAAUGGUGAUUCGGACUUAAAACUUAAAUACCAGUGGUUUAUCGGGGACAGAACAGCAACAAAUUUUGUAGCUAUAACUGAUGCACUUGGGGAGGUGUACUGGCCAAAGCAUGGGGACAUUGAAAAAUGCUUGAAGGUUGAAUGCACUCCAAUAUUAGGAGAGAUGGAGUAUUCUUCUAUAUUUGCUCUAUCUUCUCCUGUUUCCCCAGGAACUGGAUACCCAAAAGUCUUGAGCCUGAGUGUGCAGGGUGAACUUGUGGAAGGAAAUGUGAUUAAGGGUGUUGCUGAGGUUGCAUGGUGUGGUGGGACACCUGGGAAAGGUGUAGCGAGCUGGUUGAGGCGAAGAUGGAAUAGUAGUCCUGUGGCAGUAGUUGGAGCUGAAGAUGAGGAGUACACGUUGACUGCUGAUGAUAUCGAUUCAAGUUUGGUUUUCAUGUACACUCCAGUAACAGAGGAAGGUGCUAGAGGAGAACCACAGUAUGCAAUGACUGACUUUAUAAAAGCAGCCACGCCAUCUGUUAGUAAUGUUCAGAUUUUGGGAGAUUGUUUGAUCUGCGUAGUUGCUCAGGUAAAACAUGAUGGUGGAAUGUCACAGUUGUUGUUACCCUACGCAAUGGCAAAACAUGAUUACAUUGCUUUAUCUUCUACGCCGAGGUACAAUUGCAUGACCCGUGGAUGCACUUCUUCGCCAUUAGGAAACCCUGAUCCAGAAGUUGAACAAAAUUUUAGAAGAAGGAUCCGUCAAAUUAAUUUGAGACAGGAUCUAUUGAGAUAA